AGUUGGAUCCCCAAAAUGCAAAGGACAAAAUGUAUUUAUAGUCUAGCCCCAACACACACUAAAACACACAGUUUAAAUGAAGGCACUCUCGACGUAGCCUUGAAAUCCGCGAGCUCGCGGUGGUGGAGUAGUGCACUCUCGACGGCGCGGGUGCUGGGGCGUGCUCGCGGGCGUGUGGUUGGCGGCUGGUGCAGAGCUCUCGAGCGCGCGGCUCUUUCCGCGAGUGCGCGGGCGCGGGCAGCAGGUGAUGCGCGGGUGCUCUUGAUGUCGCGGAUCUCUCGGCGAGCUUGCGAGCGUGGACUAGGCGGGAGUCGCACGGGGCUCUCGAUGUCGCGGGGACUACCACGUGCACGCGAGUGGCGUUGGCAGGGGCUCUCGAUGGCGCGGAACUUCCCGCGACCGCGCGCAGCGUUGGUGCGUGGGCGUGCUGACCGUUGUGCGUGCGGGACAAUGGCUAAGGCUCGAUAUACUCGAUCGACAAUAAUUCGUCCGAAAUGGCUCGAAAUACUCAGAAUUGACUCGAGCUACCUCGAAAAUCAUGACUUUCUCAUUAUCCCCGAACUUCCUCUUCUUGGAGGCCAAAUUCUUAAAGAAUUGCACGUAUGCCGGGACAUUUCGAAUAACCUCCAAGAGAGGAAGAUUGACAUUUACCUUCGAGAGCAUAUCGAAAAGGUCUUUGAAUUGACGCUCUUUCUUUGUAUCUUGCAAUCGACUCGGGAAGGGAACCAGUGGUCGGUAGGGUGUACUUGCUUUGUGCAAAGCCUCACGGUCAUCCUUCUUGGGGUUCUCCUUCUCGACUUCCUCAUCAACAACAUUUUUCCCUUUAGAAACAUCAACCCUCUCACUUGGUUAAUUAUCAUCCUCAACAACUAUAUCUUCAACUACUUCAUUUGCCUUUGGCAUCUCAACACAAUUAUCGACUUUCUUACCAUUCCUCAAGACGGUGAUGGCGUUCAAGUGCUCGGGUUGGCUCGGGAGUUUGUCUUUCAUCUUGCUCCUUUGGAUUUCCCCGAUGGAACUCCCGAGUUGCCCCAUUUGAUGGGAAAAGUGAAAAAUGAGAGUUGGAUCCCCAAAAUGCAAAGGACAAAAUGUAUUUAUAGUCUAGCUCCAACACACACUAAAACACGCAGUUUAAAUGAAGGCACUCUCGACGUAGCCUUGAAAUCCGCGAGCUCGCGGUGGUGGAGUAGUGCACUCUCGACGGCGCGGGUGCUGGGGCGUGCUCGCGGGCGUGUGGUUGGCGGCUGGUGCAGAUCUCUCGAGCGCGUGCGCGGGUGCGGGCAGCAGGUGAUACGCGGGUGCUCUCGAUGUC